AUAUCUUGCGCGUGGUAUUCGUACAUGACGCCUCGAUUUGCAGAAGAGAAACGGAAAUCGUGGAUUGUAACGUUCUUGUCCAGCGCGGUGAUGUCCUUAGGAAGUCUACCGUUCUUGUGGGACUUUGUCGUAUCAGGAGGGGAGACUGCUGCCGUUCAUCAUAGACCAUGGAUCUCCCAGGCUAUGUGCGGUUCAUUCCAAGGAUUUCUAUUCUCUGACCUCAUAAUGGGUUCUAUCGACUAUCCUCGACAACUUUCUCCUGUAAUCGGAUGGGGUCACCACAUCAUAUACGCAAUCCUCAUGCCAUACAUAACCUUCCGCGGCUGGGCACAUGUCUUCUGUCUCUGCCUAGCCAUGGAGAUACCCACAUGUUUUUUGGCAUCUUCUUUUCUCUGGCCCAGAUUACGAAACGACAUUGUCUACGCCUUCAUAUUCUUUACAACCCGAAUCGCAUUACACGCAUCGCUCUUGAUCGAGACACUUCUUCCACGAGGAAGGAACGAGACGGUUGGGGGAAGCUUCGCCCCCGCGUGUCUCUUGGCGUGUGCAUUUGUCAUGCAUACAUCAUGGUUCGUAUCCUCUGUGAAAGGUAUCAUUCGAAGA